AUGCUGUCAAUAAAAAAGAUUGUCGGGGAAGUAUUCUCCGCUACUUUCAAGAAGACAAGCAUUCAUAAGGUGUGUUCAAGCUUGAUUGGAAAGUUGGACUCGCCAGAAUCAUUUCUUGAAGCAUUAUCAAAGCAAAUGACCACUGAUAAUAUAAAUAUGGUAUUUUCCACCACCAAACAUCAAAGUGAUUCACCAAUGUGGUUUGAGUUGAGGUACGGCAGAAUUACUGGCUCAACUCUUUAUGAAGCCGCUCACUGUAGAACUAUAAAUGGUUCCCUUCUGAACGCAAUUAUGGGAGAACAUACAAAAUUUACUUCCAUUGCGAUGAGUAGAGGGAAAAUACUAGAAAAAAAAGUUAUCAAAGUAGUAAGCAAGAAAGAAAAGAUUGAAAUUGAAGAAGCUGGACUACUUCUUAAUGCCGAGUAUCCUAUUUUUGGAGCAACACCUGACGGGCUUACUGAAAAUUAUACAGUAGAAGUCAAAUUUCCUUCAACCGAAUCUGCCAUACUUUCCUAUGUGAAAGAAUAA